AUGCCGCUGCCCCCUCCGCCCCAGGCUCCUCCGCCUGGGGGUGCGCGAACACAGAGUCUCAAUAGACCCAUAGAAAGCCCUGCAGUAGAAAGAGGCCCUGCAGUUUCACACCGCACAAGACAUCCGCCGGGUCAUGGGACACGUCUGGACACCGUACCUCCCACGCCAGCAAAUUGGCAAGAAGAGUCUACAAAUGCUGAGGCUACAGUCCAUCUUCAACCAAAUGGCGGAACAUCCCUGCAUAUUGAUACCGGAAGUAUCUUACGAAAGCAGCCCAUGACCCAGGAUGAACGAGCAUCAGCAUCUGCAUCGACCCCAAGUCACAGAAGGAGAGACUCGUCAACUGGGGGCCUCGUCCGGACUGCUGCCUUACGCAAUCGUAGCGUUGUUGGUCUUCGAGAACGCCGCAGUGAAAGCAAACAUGGGAAAGAGCGAGCAACAAGUAAUCCUCCGAUGGGUCUAGAUACGGAUGCAGCUCCUUGGCAGGUUCAUGAACCUGUCAAACCGACCAAUCUAAAUUUAGGCAAUGUUCUAAAUAGCGGAUCUAGUCGCCGAGAUCGAACGCGCAGAACACCGGGGAGUGGAGAGCUAAUGUCUUCUGGAAAAUCGGUCACAUUUCGUUCUGCUCCCGUGACGCAAGAACUUGCUUUGCCGGAGGAUUCAAAUCACAGCUCGACGCCAACACCACCAGCUUCUGCAUCAGGGGCUGAUCGUCAAGUAAGCAGUGCUGGAGCUGCUCCUCGACGCCUGUGGCGGCUCUCACAAAAGCUCUCUUUGUCAAUGCCCGGUCAUUCCGAACAGCGUCCUAUAUCUCAUAUCUUGCAUACUCCAAACCAGGACGACGCACUUCCAGUACCACUUACACCUUCAACCAUUGCGAAGGAGCGUCCUGUGUCCGAUUUAAUCGGACCUGAGAGCCCAAAGGCUUUUGCUGAGCGUGCUGUUGAGCGGCACCGGAAUUUUGCUGAGCGUGAAGCAGAUGCGGUCGACGAUUCUAAAAGACUAGAGCUUUUCGUUCAAUUCAUUGUGGCUGAAUCGAGGAUUCGGCGAGAGCAGUAUGCUGCUUUAUUUCAGAAUGAAGAUAUCAAUAUAGGUCGGCUUGUACGUGAUCUCUUUCGACCGAUCCCCACUGAACAGGAAGAUGCCGAAGAAGAUUGUGGUACUCCAGAAAAUACCUCAAGGCGAGUAAGCAAUACCUCGAGCGCCAUGGCCGACUCCUCGUCCCAAGACGAAAUUUCGUCCAUGAGUCGAAAGGUAGAUUCACCUAGUAGUGCCACUACUACAAGUCCCCUCCAGCCUCCAGCAGCAGGAGGUGUCAAGGAUUUUAUCCCUUGUCUCUCCCCCAUAGCGAGCAUGAGUGUUGUUACCGGACCCGAGGAUGAAAUGAAUUCGAGAGGAAGGCCACCAAGCCGUUGGUGGGAGGCCCCGUCUCAAUCAGGCUCUGCGGCAAAUGAUGGAUUCAGUGUCCUCGGCAGAACAAAGCGGGAGUCUAAGUUCAUGGGUCUGCCACGAGAAGCGCGAGACUCAGGCAUGUUCUUUGAUCACCAAGGGUCGGGCGGGCCAAGAGGGCCACAAUUACCGAUUGGAUGGCAUGAAGAGGUACCUAAUCCUGCGUAUCCACCACCUCCUCCAAACCCGCCUACACCAGCAUCAGCUCCUCCUUUCACUCCUGAUGCCAGAGGCCUGGACAUCUCACGUCUAGUUACUCUACCUCCACCAUACCCUAGACAUCAUCCGGCCGUCAACAACAACCAUCCUGACCUUGCGGACGUAAGAGCGGUUGUACGUUCUCUUCAUGAUAUGGACGAGCCAGACUCAAUACGUGGCAAAUACCAAUCCGAAUACCAGAAAACACGUAAGCGAGCAGAUUCUUGGUGCGAGCACCAGCGUUCUUUGCAUGGACAAGACUUGCAAUAUCGCAUGGAGUAUGAUGAUAUGACUCAGGAGCAAUUCGACGCGCUUGAAGCUGAACUGGAAGGUAAAAUGCAACAAUCCGCUAAAGACACUGCGCAAGCGGACUUCGACAUGUUCCAGGACAUGGUCGUCUCUCCACUUCACCCUUUGUUUGCCGCACGUAUCGCGCAUGCCACAUCCUCGUUAGAGAAUUUGAGCAGUGCUCUAUUUUCCGACGCACAGUCUAGGAGUCCAAAUAUGCCGCAGGAAGAAGGCGACGAACAACCCGAGUUGCUUGAAAAAUUGACUCAGCUUAAAUGGCUCUUCGAAGCCAGGGAGACACUGCAUCGCCGGACCUAUGACCUUCUAAGUGAACGCAAUGACAAAUAUAAAAAUGUGGUUCUUUUGCCCUACAAGCAAUCUCAAAAUCAUGCCAAGGUAGUAGACGCUGAGAAGUUCUUCUCCCAGGAUAGCCUUGAUCGCCGAAAGAAAAUUGAAAAGGCAGUGGCAGAUCGAGCACAUGCUUUCAUGACUGUCAUAGAGCACAAUGUGGCGAGGGGUGUGGAGAUGCAGUUGGACGCUUUCUGGCAAAUUGCGCCCAUCAUGAAGGAAUCCGUCUUGCACAAGAUACCACACGAGAUACCACUGCGGUUUGAGAUUCGAAUUCCUGCCGACGAAUAUGAAGAAAACCCCGACUACUACGAUCAUCCACUGCAAUACCUCUAUAUUCUCCUGGGUCACGCAGAGAAGGCGACGUUUCAAUUCAUCGAGUCCCAGAUCAACCUACUCUGCCUCCUCCAUGAGAUUCGUUCUUGUGCUCUAAGUGCAAAAUGCAAGGUCGAGGUCAAUGAUGGCAGGUUGAGUAAUGUCGACUCAUAUCCGCAGCAGGAGGAGAGGCGGUUGACCGCGGACCUGAAAGACAAAGUAGGCGUCAUCGAAGGUCAAUGGGCCGAUGCGCUCGGCGAAGAAAUGACUAGUGUACGAGAGAGAGUCAGAGGCAGGUUACUGGAGGACGGUGGGUGGGACGAUGAGAUGGAAGAUGUAUAA